ACACAAAAAGAUGGUUUUGAAUCUCUGGUAGGACACCACGCCACGUGCUUACCUUCUUCCAUGCGUGCGGAGUAAAUGAAUGAAGCUGGGAAAAGGCAAACAUGUAACGCACCCCUCUUCAUUGAAUUCAAGAAAACCAUACCGUUUCAUUUCCUAUAUAAUUCUCCUUUUAUGGAUCUCUUUCGUUUGUGAAGAAAAACCCAUAUUUCCCACCCCAGAUUGUCUUCUCCAAAGCAUUCCAUUAUCGAGAAUGGCAAGUCUGUUGCCCCAAAAAAGAAGAAGAGCAUGUGUGAUCGGCGGAAGUGGGUUUCUAGCGUCUUUGAUGGUGAAGCUGUUGCUUGAAAAGGGUUAUGCAGUGAACACUACAGUCAGGAAUCCAGAGGAUAAUAAGAAAAACUCUCACCUUCGAGCACUACAAAAUUUAGGGGAUUUAAAAGUAUUUGGAGCAGAUUUGACCCAUGAAGAAAGCUUCACUGCUCCCAUAGCAGAUUGUGACCUCGUCUUCCAUGUUGCAACCCCAGUAAAUUUUGCUUCUCAAGAUCCGGAGAAUGACAUGAUCAAGCCAGCAAUACAAGGAGUACAUAAUGUGUUGAAAGCCUGCGCAAAGGCAAAAACAGUGAAACGGGUGAUCCUCACUUCCUCGGCAGCAGCUGUCACAGUCAAUAAGCUUAAGGGUCCAGGUUUGGUCUUAAAUGAGAAAAACUGGACCGAUGUUGAGUUUUUGACUUCUGAGAAGCCACCCACUUGGGGCUACCCUCUUUCCAAGACUCUAGCUGAGAAGGCAGCUUGGAACUUUGCUCAAGAACAUAACAUCGAUCUUAUCACGGUCAUCCCUACUCUUAUGGCUGGUCCUUCUGUUACUCGUGAUAUUCCCAGCAGUGUAGACCUGGCAACGUCAUUGAUCACAGGAAAUGAGUUCUUGAUAAAUGGCUUGAAAGGCAUGCAAAUGCUGUCAGGAUCAAUCUCAAUAACGCAUGUAGAGGAUGUUUGUCGGGCCCAUGUAUUUUUAGCUGAAAAAGCAUCAGCUUCCGGUCGGUAUAUAUGCUGUCGUGCUAAUACCAGUGUCCCUGAACUUGCCAAGUUCCUUAAGGAAAGAUAUCCUCACUACCAAAUCCCAACUGAUUUCGGAGAUUUACCAUCCAAAGCCAAGUUGAUAAUAUCGUCACAGAAGCUCAUUAGUGAAGGAUUCAGUUUCGAGCAUGGGAUUAAAGAGAUAUAUGACCAAACUUUGGAUUUCCUGAAGGCCAGGGGGCUGCUGAAGUGAAUUGUUUGUGUUCAAUGUAUCUAUUCUCAGCAGCAGCAUUUUCAAAAUAUUACUAUGUAGAGAUUAGAUCUUCUCCCUUGGCUGUAUGUAUCAUAAGGAAGCCCUAAUAAUCGGUUAUAUAUAUCUGCAACAGGAACGCAUA